AUGCUACAGCAGUUCCUACGGGCUGGUAAAACACAUACGACAUACCCGCGGCAGCCGAAGGGGCUCCGAGCGCCGAGUUCAGUAAUUACUUACGAGGCGAGCGCCCGCGCCGCCAUUGGCCGCCUCAAUAGAGAUCGGGCGAGGCCGCGCCGUGGACCGCAAAGCGACGCGCAAAAAAGCACCGAACCAUACGGCCGGGAAGCGUUUUUACGGCUUCGGGAAGAUUCGUUGAAAUUUUGUCAUGUCUUUGUGACGAAUAAAUACGGGACAUAUCCGAACAACACGUGGAAACGUGGUAACCCCACCACUACCUGGGCCGUCGGCGCGGACGGCGCUCGCGUCCGCAGCAAUUAUUGCCCGCUGACAGGUUUUAGCGCGCCCGCGACCGAUUUACGGUUAUUCGCGCGGCUCGAUUGCGCCGUCCGUCGCUGGGGACUGCGAAACAGCGUUGCUCUACAAACUAGGACGGUGCUGGUCAGCCAGAAACAAGCCCGUGCACUGACAGAUCCGCAAGUGGAGCGAUUAGUAUACACAACACGCGGGGCCAGC